UUAGUGUGUCAGCAGUGUGAGUGUCACAUGUCACAUAAGCAGGCGGCGGUUUGACAGCUCCGCUCCCCUCCGGCAGACUCUCACUCAGACCUGGAGCUUCACCGCCUCUGGACCAGCAGCACACAGACGGGAAUGGCGAGCGGAGACAGCCGGCCGACCUUGGAGUCAUGGCUCAACCAGGCCACAGAUCCAAAUAAUCAGGAGGACAGAUGGGACUGCAUCCAGGGCUUCUACCAGCUAGUCAACAAAGACACCGAUGGGCCACAGGUAGCUGUUCGUCUUCUUGCCCAUAAAAUCCAGUCACCGCAGGAGAAAGAGGCUCUGCAGGCUCUCACUGUUCUUGAGGCAUGUAUGAACAACUGUGGCAAGAGGUUCCACAGUGAGGCCGGCAAGUUUCGUUUUCUCAAUGAGCUCAUCAAAGUCUUAACACCAAAGUACUUCGGCGCCUGGACUCCGCAGAAAGUUAAAGACAGAGUGACAGAGGUCCUCUAUGGCUGGACGCUUUGGCUUAAAGAUGAACUCAAGAUUCAGGAAGCCUACAGCAUGCUCAAAAAGCAAGGUAUUGUGAAGAAAGAUCCCAAAUUGCCAGACACAGUAAUAAUGGCUCCUCCACCACAGAGAGCCACAGACUCCAUUUUUGACCAGGAUGACAAGGCAAAGCUGCUGGCCAGAUUAUUGAAAAGUGCUCGUCCUGAAGACCUGGAAACCGCCAACAGGCUCAUUAAAAGCACCAUCAAAGAGGAACAGGAGAAGGCUGAGAAAGUGUCAAAGCGAGAGUCUACUCUGAAGGAGGUGGAGAGCAGCACAAAGCAGCUUAGAGAGCUGCUGGACCAGCACACAAUAACCGGAGUUUUAUUGCAGCCCAGCAAUGAUAUGAAGGCGCUGUAUGAGCGCUGCGACCGACUGAGGCCCAGCCUGUUCCGUCUGGCCAGCGAUACGAUGGAGGAUGACGCUGCUCUGGCACAGAUCCUGGCAGCAAACGAUGAGCUGACGCUUGCAGUGAAUGCCUACAAAGACCAGGUGGGGAGAGGAGAGUGCAAUGGAGAACGGACAAGAAGCAAAAGUGAAGAAGUGACAAGAAAAGAUAGCGCUCCUCUGAGUCCUAGACAGAUUAAGAGCUACCACCUCAUCGAUCUGUCAGCUCUGGACUCUCCACAGACUCGCAGAAAAGCUGAAUCACCACCUGUAUUUGAACCAUCUUCACCUCUCUUCUCUCAUUUGGAGAGCACCUUCUGCUCAGUAGUUGACCGGGACCAGAGUGAAUUAGAGUUGGAUAAUGAAGUCCCAAAACAGUCUGAAGACGAUCCAAAGUCGUAUUAUGAAGAGCUAUUGCAGCUCAACGGUGACAUUCAGGUGAUGAAUGCUGAGCAGAACGGAGGGGGAGGCCCUUUGCUGAGAAGCCGUGGAUGUGGGGGCAGCAGCGUUACGACAAACGGGACAAAUGUUUGGUCUCUCACCCAAAACCAGCAGUUCACAGGGUUGGGAUCACCUUCCAAAUCACAGAAACAACCAAAUGAAGUGUCUGGCUCUUUGGUGGAACUGGAGGAGAGCUUGUGUUCCCCACAGUUACUGAAAAACAUCUUUGUUCCGGUGGACACCAUCAAAUCCAGUCACCUGGAGCCGAUCACGUUACACAAUCAGGCUGGAAUCCACGUGUCGCUGCAUUUUGCCAAAGACUGUCCUCCCGGUCAUCCAGGUGUCGCUGUGGCCGUCUUGUCUGCAGUGAACACGUCUGCUCUCGAUGUGAAGAACUUCAUGUUUCAAGCUGCAGUUCCAAAGACCAUGCUAGUGAAACUUCAGCCUCCCUCGAGGACACGGCUACCUCCUUACAACCCGCUGCUGCCUCCACCUGCCGUCUCACAGGUCAUCCUGCUGGCUAAUCCUCAGAGGCGUAAGGUUCGUCUGCGCUACAAGCUCACACUGACACAUGGAGACCAGCAGCUGAAGGAGACCGGAGACGUCGACAGCUUCCCUGACUGGACAUCUAUGGUUGGCGUUUAAAAACAUGAGAUAAUCAGAUUCCAACUCUGUGUUUUACCUGAAACCUAAAGGAAAACUCAACAUAAAAGGAUUGGGAGGUUUUUACAGUGAGUGUACCUGCAGGAGAUCUUCAUGAAGUAAGACAGCAUUAAUUGGAUUCGUAAAAAGAAACGACUUGUUUACAACACAGUGUGAACUCUACUUGACUCAUUAAAAGCAGGGCCCGAUAGGUUACUGCCCAUUAAGUAGGAAAAUAAAAUAGUUGUUGUUCUGUUAGGAGAUCUAACAGCAGUGGUCGUUCAGCCGUUACAUGCAGUGAUAUUUAACACUUCAGGAGGCAGUAGAGUGUGUUGUCUAGUACUUGUCGAAUAAGCAGAACACACACUCAUAGAGAUGUGACAUUUUAAACGCUGCUCCUCUUCAGCCACCACUGCUAGAUUUUACGUUGCAUAUUAAAAGAACAUUUAGUCCAAACAAGUUUAGAAUAAACCAUGUAGUUUUUGCUCUCGGGGCAGUUCUUCAAACCUUUGUGUUUGUUGAUAUUUGAACAGCCAAAUAAACACAAACCCAUUACCCACAGAACAAAAGAAACCUUCCAGCCUUGUAGGCGUAAAAUUCUCUUUCUGAUCGAAGCCAAACAAACAAAAAUGGUCAUCAAAUGAACAACAUGCAGCAUCCAAAACACAACAGCAUAUAACUAGUGAGUUAGUUUUAACCAGCUGAGAGAGCCACAGAGCCACGACCGCUGCUGCACCGAGGAUUCUGGUAGUGGAUGAAAGUCUCCGUCUGUUUCUGUGAGCAAAGAAACAGAACCUGGUAGAGAUAAACCCAGCUUCUCGCAACAGUUGCUAUCGUCUGCACGGACCCCAUCCACUGCAGAUAACAGGGAGUUAGGGUGUUUUAAAAGUUCAUCCUGUCAUCCCUGAAGUGUGUUUCACAAACAGAAACACUCCCGUUGCUGGUUGAUUGGAGUAGUGUUGUGUUGAUUGGUCCGAACCGCUUUGUUUCCCAUCAGGAAGAAGUAUGAGCAACAGAUUUCUGUUUCUGAGAACUGGAGAACAACCAGCUAGCAGGAGAUGUUCACUGAAUUUAAAAAAAGUGUGUUGGAUCAGAACUGCUGACUCCACCUUAGAAGACAUGUUUGUCAAUGCACCUUUAAUAAACACAUAGACGUUAUCGGUUUAGGUGGGUUUGGUACGUCCACUAAUUGAGCCUGAUGCAGCCGUUAAAUAUUCUGCCGUGUUUUAUUUUGCUGUUUCUGCCCUGUACCAUUGUUAAUCUGUGACAAUCCAGGAUGUUGACUGUAGCCAAGAGUGUGCUGACGUGUUACUGGUGACAUGUCGGCACGUUAAAGUCUUUAUUUAUUCUGUGCAUUUGUGAGAUCAAAACUGCCAAAGUGCCUUGAGGUGUUUUUAAUGUGUAUUUAUUUUACGAAUAGGGUUUCCACAAGAAAUGACGCUUUCUUGUCUUUAGGUUGUAGAAUUAUUGAAAACUGUAACGGUUCCACUGCUCUGUUCCGGUAUUUUGAAAUCAGUCUAUUCUAAUUUAAAGAGUGCUGAUUUGUACGCUAACUAAAGCAGAUUAAACAAUGCAAAUUAAAACAGAAGCAAAUGAAGAAAGGAUGUUCUCUUUUCUGACACAACUGAGCAAAGAAUAAAUCACAAGAAAAUCUGUCAACAUGACCCAGAGGAACACGAACAGUGUUUCCUUCAACUAUUCAUUAGCCUGGUCAUCUGUUUUUUGUUGCGGCAUGUUUUUGGUUGCAUUUGUGUUGGCUUUUUUUUUUUUUAAUCUUCAUGUGUUUUGUUUGUUUCCAGCUUUUUAAAAAAUGUUUUAAUUUGAGUUGCGCGUGUUUUCUUGGUGUUGCAUUACUUCGAGCUUAUGGCCAAAUCUGAGAUUGUUGUUAACUCUUGUGUGACCACAUCAGUGUUUCCUGCCCAGCAGCAGUCUUAUCGGUCUUCUACUGUGAAGGUUUUAGUUGCAUUCAUGAGCCCAGAAUAAGGAAUUCAUUUUCAGCUUUACCUGCUUCCUCAGCUUAACUGUCAGAUUGUACAUGUUCAAACAACUCUGCCUGAUUUUUGUCAAUAAAUCCAAUACGUCUGUUGUAGCACAAAG